GUCAGGAAAAAUUGCUCGUGUAAACGGCGCUUUUAUGUUUUCAAAUGUAGGUACAAAAAAGGCAUGCUUAGCAGAGAAACGAAAAUUUGAAGAAGAGACUCUAUGUGCGAAAAGAAAAGAUGAGGAAGAGGAAAAAGAGGAGGAUGAAGAGGAGGAGGAAUCAAGCUCAACUACUGACGAUCCAACACAAGAGAUGAAGCUGCUGCUGAAGGAUCUUUUUGAUGGUGUCUAUACGAGAUUAGACACCAUUGCAAGCCUUCAGCAGCAGCUUUUAACAGCAACAACAUCUCAGUCUGCUUCAACACUGAUACAGAUAGAUGACAGUAUAGAGGAAUCCUCACCACAGAGCCCUGCAGGUGGCAGCUCAUUCGAAGUAAGUGCAGCUGAGGAUUUUGACAAUACAACAUUUGUAAGUMACUCUCAAACACCUGAUCUAAUUUAA